UAACCCUGCCCUGCAACGUCAGCUGUCAGAAGUGCAGUAGAUAUAACUAUAAUCUUCGUGUGUGAGUUUACUGUCUGUGAGGGUGGGGUUUGUGUUAUUCUGGAGAUACAGCUACAUUUCAGUAAAAAACCCUCAACAGGAGGGUUUAUUGGGCUGUUUCUGCUGUCUCUGUUUUCCCUAUGAGCUUCAGAAGGAAGGAUGGUUGCGUAAUAUCCGCAGGGUUAGACCGGGGAAAGUUGUUUCCUCUCGACAUUCAGACCCUGAUCCCUCAUGUAUGGAGCUUCAGCUGAGGAUAGUUCACUGCUCGAAGGGCAUUUCUGCGGAUUUAACAACAUGCUAGCUGGCUAAUGACCAACCGAAUCCAGUGUGGGGAGUUUUAGAGCAUGGAGGAGCCGGAGAAGCCAGCAAGUGUCCGGGAGGAGGAGGACAGCGAGACUGCUGGUCCAUGUGAAGCAGAAACGAGUCUGCAGUCCGAGCUAGUUGAGUGCCGAGCCCAGUUAGAGCACUGGCAAGGUGUGGCGACGAUCUGUGAGCUUAGCAAACAAGAAGAGCUGCAGGAGCUGCAGAAACAGUGUGAUCAGGAGAUCCAAUCUCUCCAAGAGGCUCUCAGAGAGACAGCUGCUCAGUAUGAGGCCAGAAUAUCCAUGCUUCAGUCAGAACGUGCUCAGUGGAGAAGAGCAGGGUUCACUCCAGAUAACAAGGACAACAUAAAGAAGGGAAGGAUGGAAGGAGCCUCCCCACCCGGUGAGAAACCCCAGGCUGAAUCUCCUCCCACCAAAGCUUCUGAUUCGGAUAUGACUGGGGACAGCGAGCCAAAAGAGCUGCAGGCUGAAUCAUCGGACUCUGAGAAUACAGGACUCCACAUGGAAGGCUUUUACACUCAGCACUAUGAUUCAGCCUCACUGUCCUCCUUCUCUCUGGACACGCCCUCUCUGCCCAGACGCCCGCCCCCUCAGGAAGACACUGCCUCCCUGGUUUCCACAGGAACUCUGGUGCCUGAAGCCAUCUACCUGCCUCCACCUGGGCACAGGCUGGUCGCACAUGCGGAUUGGGAUGCACUCCAAGCACAGGUGGCUGAACUACAGGGAGAGCUGACCCAGUUAAAAGAGGAGAAAGCACAGCUUGAAAAAGAGCUGGAUACACAGACCAUAGAAACCCAGAAACAGGUGGCAGUGCUCCAAUCUCAGGUGCAAACAUCUGAGGCUCUCCUUCAGGAGCUCCAAAACUCCUUCAGCCAAUCACAGAGUGCUGUGCAGAGCAGACUGACAGAGUUGUCUCUCUCCCAGAGGAGAGUCUGUAGUGAGCUGUCCAGACUGAAAGGAGAGGAAACGACAGAGAACAGCGCAGCAGGAGCUGAGCACCAUUCUCUCUUUUUACAGGGCGCACACUCAGAGGAGCGGCUGCGGAUUGAAAUAGUCAACUUGAAGGAACAGCUGGAGACACGCACAGAAGAAAGCGAGGUCUUAGAAGCUCAGCUCUCAAGCCUGAAAAUAGAGACGGACCGCAUUCAAAGUGAAAAAGACAAGUUGGAGAAUGAUCUGCAGGAAUGCCGCACUGAGCUGCAGGGCCUGCGGGUGGCGCUCUCGCACUUGCAGAGAGACAGCAAGACACAAAGCCAUGACAAGACGGUUCUUCAGCAGCAGUGUUUAGAGCUGCGCAGUCAGGUGAUCAGUCUGCGCUCUCAGCUGGACACCAGUCAGGCUGUGCAGAGGGACUUUGUGCAGCUGUCGCAGUCACUGCAGGUGAAGUUGGAGCAGAUCCGUCAGGCGGAGUCUUUGGACCAAGUUAGGGAGAUUCUUGGGGAAGGACUUGAAAUAGAAAGUGAUCAGUCCACCAGCGCCACGUGAUCCAGCUGCAGAUUCUUACCUUUUCUGGACCAAAGAGAAUGGUCUCUGUUACAGGAAACGACCCAGGACCAAGCAUAAACUACCUAUCCUAAUGAACUGGUAACAUGAAGAAAUAAACCAGAUUAACACUGACUGUUCUCACACACAGAUAUUAACUGAAACAUUGCAAACAUUUUAUAAAGUAUAACUUUGCUUAAGACUUUCUGAAACUGGACAACUGGUUUUACUUGAAUUUUUAAGCAUUCCUGACAGAUAAAAAACUUAACUAUAUUUGUGAAGAUAUUGUGUGUUAAGACUUACUGUACUUUAUAAAAUUCAACAACUGUAAUCAGUAAUUUCUACUGAACUUCUUAACAAAUAUACACACGUACAUUUCUCAUUUUUAUUUCUGUCACCAGUUAAACUUUGACACUCCUAACAAAAGUGCCAUCUUUCUUUGAUACUGUUUGCUUAUGAAAAGACUGAAAUAACUGUAACCGGUGGGAAGAUCUGCAUUACAAUAAUGUAGUUUUAUUAAAGUAAUGGUUCACAACAAAAAAAUCAAAAUUGUAUUAUUUUAACCACUACUUUUAAAAACGUUUUUUUGGUCAAUAUGUAUUUGGUUUGUGAAGUUUGACUAUCCCAAACAUGUUUGAUGUCGGAGGAAGCAUUCUACAGUGUCUUGCAAAAGUAUUCAUACCCUUUGAACCUUUACACAAGAUCUACCUUUCAAAAAGACAAUGACCAUAAACAAACAUUCAGCUUUGCUGUUAUUGAUAUGCAGUAGACUCCCACGAACAUUGAACAUUUGCAGAUUUGCAAUCACAGAUUUGCAGCUGUAAUGGCAGUGAAAGGUGACUCUACUAAACAUUUAUAUAGGGGGGGUAAAUACUUUUGCUUGUCACACAUUUUUACAUUUUUAUUUGAAUAUAAAAUUGAAAACCAUGUAUCAUUUUUGUUCCACUUCAUGACGAUUUGCUUCUUUGUGUUGGUCCGUCACCUAAAAUCUCAGUAAAAUACAUUUAGGCUUUUGGUUGUAAGGUAAAAAAAAUGUAAAAAGUUAAAUAUAUAUGAACACUUUUGCAAGCCACUGUAGAUAUAUUUUUUAUGUAAAAAUUGUACAUUUCUGAGAAUUGUUAACUAACAUGGGGUCGGUCUCAUGUCAGGCCUGCAUAAAGGAAUUGCAUUUGAUAACUUCAGUGGGACAAGACUGCCCAAAAUAGGAAACUGGCAAAGACAUGUUUUACUGCAGGGAAUAAAACAGACUUGUGUUUUAACUUUUCAAA